CUAUGUUCUCAAUGUAUAGAGUAUAGUCACCAAAAGUAGGUGUCCCCCCGAUUCCAAUGUGAUUGGUAUGUCCCACGGCCCCGGUCAGAGAGAGACUGGCAGCACACACGGGCCCGGACAGCUCGCUCCUGCCACCUGCCGGUCACCGGGGGCGCGCACAACAAAGGAGGCGGAGAAGGAGUGGGGAAGCGGGCGCAGUUGCACCUGUGUGCGGUCUGGAGGAUCCCCGGGGCCAGGGGCAGGACUGUACGUGCUUGGCUGCUGUAUAGGGGCGCAGAGGCCGGCGGGCAGGAGCUGUUCACAGUGCUGGCCUGCCAGUUGUCAGUAUGAGCGAGUUAAAAGAUUGCCCGCUGCAGUUUCAUGAAUUUAAGUCAGUGGACCAUGUGAAGCUGUGCCCCAGAUACACCGCUGUGUUGUCACGCUCGGAGGAUGAUGGCAUUGGGAUCGAGGAGCUGGACACACUUCAGCUAGAACUGGAGACCCUUCUGUCCUCCGCUAGCCGACGACUUCGUGUCCUAGAAGCAGAAACGCAGAUCCUGACAGACUGGCAAGACAAGAAGGGAGAUCGGAGGAUUCUGAAGCUGGGGAAGGAACAUGAACCCGGCACACCUGUGAAACAUAAACCCAAGAAGCCUAAGUUAGAAGGCAAAGGGAGUCAUGUGUCUGGACCAGGCCCAGGAAGACCCAAGUCAAGAAACUUACAGCCAAAGAUCCAAGAGUAUGAAUUCACUGAUGACCCCGUAGAUGUGCCCAGAAUCCCCAAAAAUGACGCUCCAAACCGGUUCUGGGCCUCGGUUGAACCCUACUGUGCUGACAUUACUGCAGAUGAGAUCAAGGUGCUGGAAGAUCUUCUGAAAACUCCUGAGGAUGAGGCUGAUUACUACAAAAUUCCACCUCUUGGGAAACACUACUCUCAGCGCUGGGCUCAGGAGGACCUUCAGGAGGAGCAGAAAGAUGGCGCCAGGGCCUGUAUAGCAGGGGACAAGAAGAAAGGGGCUCUCGGGCCACUGACGGAAUUGGAUUCCAAAGGUAAUGUGGACUCUUUGCUAAAGAAAUCUGAAUCCCCGCACGACCAGCCGGAGGAUGGCUGCCCAUUUGGUCACUUGACUCAGCGUCUACUGCAGGCUCUCGUUGAGGAAAACAUAAUUUCCCCAAUGGAAGAUUCCCCUAUUCCUGAGCUAUCUGGGAAGGAGUCCGGAACUGACGGGGCCAGUACCUCUCCUCGAAGUCAGAUGAAACCUUUCAGUGCCCCACAUACAAAGUCUUUGGAGGUCCGCAUCAAGGAAGAGUUAAUAGCCCAGGGUUUGCUGGAGUCUGAGGAUCGGCCAGCCGAGGAUUCUGAAGACGAGGUGUUGGCAGAACUGCGCAAGAGGCAGGCCGAGCUCAAAGCCCUCAGUACCCACAACCGAGCCAAGAAACAAGAACUGCUGAGGUUGGCUAAAGAAGAAAUGAAUAAACAAGAGCUGCGACACAGGGUACGGAUGGCUGACAACGAGGUGAUGGACGCUUUCCGGAAAAUCAUGGCUGCUCGGCAGAAGAAAAGGACUCCGACAAAGAAAGAGAAGGACCAGGCAUUGAAAGCCCUGAAAGAAAGGGAGAGCAUCUUAAAACUGCUGGACGGGUGAACGGACGCCCCCAGUAGCGGACUUUGUUAGUGUACUUGAAGAACCAAUCGCAGCACGGUUGUGUCAUUGUAAUUAUUUGUUGUUCUCUUCGGACAUUUGUUGGUUGUUACGUGUUACAGUGUUUCAAGGAUUUUUUUCUUUUGCCAUGGUGACCAUAUUUUUUUUAUGUUUUUUUAAAUAAUGAAAUGUAUGUGGAAAUAUUUUCAAUGAGAUAUUGGUAAAAUAAAAUAUGACUUUAAAAGUGACAACUUAUAA